UUUAAAGCCGUCCUUCUGCACUUAACCAAUUUCUAUUGAAUUCGGAAUGAUAAUUGACAAAGUGUGCAGAAUAUGCUUUUUGUAAAUUCUGACGUAUACGCCCAUUUGAGGCCGCGAAAUGUUGAUCGGAAGGAACGUCAUCCUGGUGCACGCGAACGGAAUUCUAACAAGCGCCAACGUUUGCAAGACAAACGUAAAAUACCACCAGAGAAUGCUCCGAGGUCACGGGCAACAGAACCUCAGUUUCACCCAACUUACAGUCAUGACUCAGCAGUGAAGGAUUUCGGUCGACAUGAGACCUUUUCUGAGCAGAACGAACAACAGAAAGUGACGUCAUAUUAUCAGGAACUCUCAACUAUUGAGGCUAUCCGAAAAAGUAUUGAUAAAACCUCACGCGCAAAGUCUGCACCAUCAGCUAAUAUUCCAAACUGGAUGCUUAAUUUAGACAUUAAUCUUGAUGUUUCUUCAGUUGAUAUAAUUCCACCAUAUGAUGACGGUGUAACGUUAAAAUCUCGGGCGUCCGAGACAUUUUCCGAGCGCGCCUCUUUAACAUUUGAAAAUAAUUCAGAAGACAAUAUUGACAACUUAAGUGAUUCUGAAAAAGAUUAUCUAGAGUCAGUCCCAAACGAAAACAUACACCAAGAAAAGGCUAAAAGUGUUCCAAUCCCCGAUAACAAAAAAAGAGAAGUUUACGCUGACACCUCAGUUUGCCCAAAACAGAACAAGAGUGCUCGCCCCUUAUCAAAUACGUUCAGAAUAGCGACACCAUUUUCCGCUGGGUGGACAAACACGGAAGAUACAGGUCCGCGUCGUUACCAAGGCGAUAAGAAGGUGAUGUCUAUGCAACAAGGUGGAAUCAGGAGUACCCCUAUGCAGCCGAAAUCUAAGAAAUAUAUUAACCAGAUGUUAACUUUCCACCAUAUGAAACACCAUGAAAAGAAAAUAAGGCUGGCAAAACCCGCCAUUGACAGCAAGAUGCCGAACACCUUUAAAUAUGCAUUAGACCGGAAGCGUUUGGUUGAUCAACGGAUAAGCGACUCUUGGAGCAUGUCAAGCAAUUCUCCUACGCCAAUGACUCAGAGAAGAAUCCAUAAUGACAAGAACAUGACGUCAACCGAUUCGCAAAAUGUGACGACACGAAGAAAUAUAUCAAAUGAAGACACAAGCGAACCAAAAUCAACUAAAUACGUUGUAAAGAACAGAUAGCAUUUGUGACAUUAAUUUUAAUUAAAAAACUGUAAACCAUCGCGACAUUAGAUAAAGUAACGAUUUUCUAGAGAAUGCUUUUGAACACAACAAUAUUAAAAACACUUUUUUAUAUUGAGGUGCAUACCAAUGGGAAAUAUGAAACAAAUAUUGCAAAGGUCCAUUAUUUAUAUCACGCAAUCCGAUUGGCUAUAUCAUUCUGAGAUCCAAUUAAGAUCAAUAUUGAAUACUAGCCCUGAACAGCGUGUUUGAUUGUUGUUGUUUUUAUUUAUGGUUAUGUCCCUGUAUUCGUCAAUUAAGUAUUUAUAUUCAAGUCAUUAAUAUUGCUUUUUAAGUUUG